AUGGGAGACCUGAAGUCAGGUUUCGAAGAGGUGGAUGGCGUGAGGCUCGGCUACCUCAUCAUUAAAGGAAAGCAAAUGUUUGCUCUCUCCCAAGUCUUCACAGAUCUGCUGAAAAACAUCCCGAGGACGACCGUGCACAAGCGCAUGGAUCAUCUGAAAGUGAAAAAGCACCACUGCGAUCUGGAGGAGUUGCGGAAACUCAAAGCAAUCAACAGUAUCGCCUUCCACGCGGCCAAAUGCACGCUCAUCUCCCGGGAAGACGUGGAAGCGCUCUAUACCUCCUGCAAAACCGAGCGUGUGCUCAAGACCAAGCGCAGGAGGGCCGGUCGGGCCCUGGCCACAAAGGCGCCGCCGCCAGAGCGCGCCGCCGCCGCCAGCCCCCGCCCGGCUUUUUGGAAGGACAAGCACCAACUUUGGCGGGGCCUGAGCGGAGCCGCGCGGCCCCUGCCAAUCAGCGCGCAGUCCCAGCGUCCGGGCGCCGCCGCCGCGCGCCCCGCCGCCCAUCUACCUCAGAUUUUUAGCGAAUACCCGGGCUCGCACUACCCGGAGAUCGUUCGCUCGCCUUGCAAAGCCCCUUUAAACUAUGAAACUGCCCCGCUCCAGGGAAACUACGUCGCCUUCCACUCGGAUCCCGCUUAUUUUCGGAGCCUGCUGUGCAGCAAGCACCCGGCGGCCGCCGCCGCCGCUGCCGCCGCCGCCGCUGCCGCUGCCGCCGCCGCCGCCGCCGCCUACUACCAGGCAUCGGCAGCCGGGCCCCAGCCCAAGGCGGCGGCUGGAGCCGGAGGCCCCGUGAGCCUGACCUACCGCUGCAAGCGCAAGCGCGGGGGCGCCAAGAACUGCCUGCUCGCACCUCACGCCGGAGCCCGGAGACUGCUGCUGCUGCCCAGGUCCUACAAAGCCAAGGCGGCGGCAGCGGCUGCUGCAGCGGCGGCGGCGGCGGCGGCCGCCGGGGCCACUUGCUUGGAGAGGUUUCAUCUGGUCAACAGCUUCUGCCCGCCUCCCCACCACCACCACCACCACCAUCACCAUCAUCACCAUCAUCGGGCCCAGCAGCCAACGCCGAGUCACCACCCCCCUCACCACCACCGACCGCAGCCCCAUCUAGGAAGCUUUCCCGAGAGUUGUAGCAGCGACUCCGAGUCCAGCUCCUACUCCGAUCAUGCAGCCAACGAUUCGGAUUUUGGCUCCAGUUUGUCCAGCUCCAGCAACUCGAUGUCCUCAGAGGAAGAGGAGGAGGAAGGAGAGGAGGAGGAGGAAGAGGAGGAGGAAGAGGGGGGCAGCGGGGCCUCGGAUUCCAGUGAAAUCAGCUCCGAGGAGGAGGACUCGUCCACCGAGUCAGACUCCAGCUCCGGCUCCAGCCAAGUGUCAGUGCAGAGCAUCCGUUUCAGGCGCACCAGCUUCUGCAAGCCUCCCAGCGUGCAGGCGCAGGCCAACUUCUUGUACCAUCUGGCCUCCGCCGCCGCUGCAACCAAACCCGCUGCUUUCGAGGAUGCGGGCCGACUUCCCGACCUCAAGAGUGGUGUCAAAGCCGAGUCGCCAGAGGAGUGGAAUCUGCAGGGUUGGGCUCCCAAAGGGGCUCCGGUGUACUGCCCGGCCAGCAUGGGGAGUUGUUUCCCAGAGAUAAGAAACGAUAGGGUAUCUGAGAUUACAUUCCCACACUCUGAAAUUUCCAGUACUGUAAAGAGAACUGACCUGACAAUUAACUGCCUGGCAGAGGGGGCCUCUUCACCUAGCCCAAAGACAAACAAUGUAUUUCCACAACAAAGAAUACUCCGAGAGGCUAGGAAAUGCCUACAAGCAACUCCUACUGCACACUGUUCAGAUAACAACACAAUAGCUGCUAGGUUCUUAAAUAAUGAUUCUUGUGGAACGGCAACAAAUUCAGGAAAAGAGUCCAAAAUCCCUCAUUGUCUUGAAUUUGCUAUGAAUUUGGUCUCUUCGCAAACUGAUUCCGAAGUGGAUGCAGCAGCAGCAACUAAAGCUGAGAAUCUCUGCACUGACUCAGGCGACAAGACAUUGCCAUUUCUGCACAAUAUUAAAAUCAAAGUAGAAGACAGUAGUGCUAAUGAAGACUAUGAACCUGAUCUCAUUACAAGCAAGCUGAAGUGCGAGUGCAAUGAUACAAAGGGGGAGCUUUACAGUGUGACUGGGAAGACAGAGGAGAGCGCCUUCCUAACCACAGCCAAGGAGGCUUUUGCAUGCCCUGAGAAAGAAACUCCUUCCUUAAAUCCACUGGCUUACAGUCAGGGCCUUUCAUGCACUUUAGGAUCUCCAAAACCUGAGGAUGGGGAGUAUAAAUUUGGUGCCAGGGUGAGAAAAAAUUACCGGACACUAGUACUGGGUAAACGCCCAGUCCUUCAGACACCUCCAGUCAAACCAAAUUUGAAAUCAGCUAGAAGCCCUCGUCCUACAGGUAAAACUGAGACACAUGAAGGAACACUGGAUGACUUUACAGUUUUAAACAGACGCAAAAAGGUAGCCAGCAAUGUAGCAUCAGCAGUGAAAAGGCCAUUUAAUUUCAUGGCAAAUUUUCCUUGUCCACCAUCACUCAUUGUUGGGAAGGACGGGGAUUUGUGGCCAGCGUAUUCCUUAAGCACCACCAAGGAUUGGCAACCUCCUCACAAGGCCCAUCCUGUGUGGAAAUGGCAGCUGGGCGGUUCUGCAGUACCUCUUCCACCUAGUCACAAAUUCAGGAAAUUUCAUUCAUAAAAUGUUUGGGAAGAUAUUUUCUUGAACCAUAUUACCUUCCUUUUGUUGCAAACUGCACAGGAUGGCUUGUACAAGUCCAUUAAUGGUGUUACACCCCCUUUGGAGUCCUGGUUUAUCGCAUUUUGAAGACAGAAAUCGGAUUACUUUUUUUUCCCAU